AAAAUACAACGCUGAAAAGACACAUACGUCCCUCUUCAAGUCCAGAAUGUUCUAGACCACCCAUGACGGGACUCAACUCAACUCCAAACCCCAUCUUUAACCCCGUCGCAACACCACCACUUCCACCUCGCUGCUACUUCUCAAUCUUGAUUCUUGAAUAGAAGAAAAUCUAAAAGCUAAAAACAUACCACGAAGAAAAUUAAAAGAUGUUCGGAGUAGUUUUCCCAAACCGCAGCUUCCCCAUAGACAUCUCCACCUUCGCCCAAAUCGAUACCUUCCAUUGGGUUCUCGACAUGAACACUUUCGUCGGUGAGGCGUACGAUCAAAUUCGCGAGGUUUGCAUCUUCCUUCUCAACGGCUUUACCCUUCCUCCGGACAAGGCGCUCGCCGUCUACGUCCAGUCGCCGGGAUCACCGUUCGUCUUCUGCGGCGCCGUCACGCUUGCUCGCCCCUCCGCCGUGAUCUCGUUGCCGUGGCCGGAGCCCGGUGGAGGACGCGGCGGCGCUGCCGUCGCUGGACGUCGCCGGCGAGCAGCGGAUCGAGCGCGUGGCGUUGAAGGUAGGGGAGAAUCUAUUCAACUUCAUGCAGAGUUUUUGCGGUGUUGAUGGUUCGAAGCUUGUGGUGCCGAUGGAUAUUUUGGAUCGGUGGUUCAAGAAGUUUCAGGAGAGGGCCAAGCGUGACCCUGAGUACUUGAAGGGUUUCGCUUUGUAAGUGUUUCUUAAUUGAGAAAAGAGUUCCAAUUUCUCCUUUUUUUUUCUAGGGUGCUAGAAAUGAUAGAGAAUGCAAAGCGAUAGUGUUUGUGUGAAUUGCGAUGAUAGAUUAGAUGUAACUCUAUGCCUCCAUUAAAUCAAUCCAUGGAGAUGCCUUUGUGCACUUCAAUUACAAUUGAGGAGGGGAAUUAGUAUCUAAAUGAAGAUGUUGCACCCUUUUUCUUUUUAGAUAUUUGAAUUUGAAAUAUGUUUUGAUCAUGUUGACAGAGGCAUAGACUGUUAAUUGCCGGAAGUUAUACGAGAAAAGCUAUGUCUGCGGCUAAAGAAAGAACACUUUGCUAUUAAUGUAGAGUUGAUGACAGGGGACUGUGGUCUAAGUCGAUGGGUGAUGGGUUUAGGAUUUGAAGUAUGACACCUUUUAUUGUUGAUGCUUGAUGCUGACAAAUCAUGUUCUAGCUUUUAGCUUGGGUUAAAGAAAAAGCAAUGUUGUUGGUUGUACUAGAUUCUGAAUUCCAUUUGAGUGGUAACAUUUAGUCUUCACUCUUCUCUUUAACUAAUUAUGGGAUUCCUCAUCAUGAUGGACGCUAGUCAAUGGCCAUUAUUUUUCCCGAAAUUAUCUUGAUUUGAUUUCUGAUAGUGAGUAGAUAAUAGGGUUUAAGAAUGGGCUGGAACAAGAAGCGAAUGUUGGGAUAGUUGCUUUUUUAGGAGGCAGACAGAAGAUGAAGUAAAAAGUAGAUACUUUCAAUGUUUGGAAUCUUAAAAAUGUUACUAAGUUUUGCCCCAUUUAGAAGUUACAAGGAUGUUUAGAAUAUCUAUCUGGAGGGUUUGUAUGUUAUUGAACCUUUGGCAAAUGGUUAGUUUUCUGUAUUAGGCAUGCUUUUAAUACUUUUGCUGUCUCCUAUAUGAAUGGAAUCAUAAUAUGCAAUCUUUUAAGAUGAUCU